CAAGUUCUACAACCCUGACUUCAUCUAUAACUAGUUCGGCAAUUGUGCCUAAAGGGCCUAAUGAUCCUCUCGGAGGGUCUAUUGCCGUCAAUGUCUUAACACCUGACAAAGUUCAAAGAGAUGCAUCGGAGAAACAGUAGAAUUAUUAAAAAAUUCUAUAAAUCGUUUUUUUCUAAUAGAUUGCAACAACCGAAAACAUCUUCGAUUCCUCCACCUCCAGCACCUCUUUAUCCUCCUCUUGGUCUUCCAAUCCAUCCACUACCUGCAAGUACUUUUCAAUCUACUUUUCUUCCUGUUAGAAUGACGAUGCCGAAUACUGCAAUUCCACCUUUUCAACAAAUAAAUAACGCAACGAUUUUUCCUCCAUCAGAUUUUUCGGUUCCUCCACCUCCGAUACCUGGUGUUCGAUAUGGUUUUACUUCGGGUCAAAGAAUGCCUGGAGAUGGUAUACAACUACAAAAUUCAACACAGACAAAUGUUUCGACUACAAUAGAGAAGCAGGAUGAAAAAUCUCCUGAAACCGCCGAGGGACAGCGACGACAGAUUUCUCCCGGUCCGCCUGGUUUAGAUGAAGGAGGUUCUCCUCCGCCAUCGCUUGAACAGCAACAACAAAAAUCCCCAUCGUCUGUACAAAUUUCUCAAUCUAUUCAACAACCAUUCUCUUCUGUUUCCCCGAGUAUCAUGAUAAAUCAACAACAACCAAAGCUUCCACCUCGCCAAAUUAGCCUUGAAGAAGCCAAAGAAAUUGCUGGAAGUUGUCAAUUCUAUAAACGGACGGGAACUUGUAAUUUCGGGGAGAGAUGUAAAUUUGCACAUGAUGAUGAACAUUUAACAUUUGGAGUUCAAAUGGCAAUGCGUGGAGUGAGUAUGCCUAACAGAGGAGGUUUUCGAGGUAACCGAGGAGGAAGUAAUUCUGUUGGCCGUGCUGGAGGAGCUCGUGAUAGUCCUAAGGUGGAUGCUGAAGGAGGGAGUGGAAGAUUUGAAAAGAGAACAUCAUCAAGGCGUACAGCAGGUUCUGAUUCAACGAGUAGACGUCUAGAUUAUGACAUUUCUCCAGUCCGUGGUGGCGGCAGUGAGGAUACUUCUGUCAAGGGAAAUCGUGAUCGUCGUUAUCGACGUACUUCACCUCAACGACGCCGGGGACAUUCACGAUCAAGGUCCCGCGAUAGGUAUUCUCGCCGCCGACGUAGCAGCUCGCGUUCUCGAAAUGGGCGACGACGUGCUAAGUCUUCGUCAAGUUCUAGCAGUUCUCGUUCGGCCAGCAGUGUCUCUCGUUCUUCUACACCACAAAAAGAUCGUGAUCGUAAACGAAGUCGUUCUCGAACUCCGACUCGUAGACGACGAGACUACUCCCGUCAACGUUACCGAAGAGAAUAUUAUCGUCGCAGAUCACCACCAAAACGCCGUUCUAGUUCAUCCUCUUCAAAUCGACGGCGAAGGCGUUCAACUUCUUCCUCUUCAUCAACAUCACAAGAAAAAAAGAGGAAUAGCAAGAUUAAGAAUUCGUGUGACACAGACAGUGGAAGUCCAGUUUUAGUAUUGUCUGAUGAAACUGUUCGAGGUGAAAAGAAUAAUGUAACGGCCCCUGACAGUUUACCAAUGGAGGAAAAUAAAGAUUAA